GCACUUCCGCUGGCUGGCUGACUGGCUGGCUGCUGGAGCAGGCGGCAGAGGGAGCGGAGGGAGAGCUCGGCCCGGGGACUCGCAUUCCCCGGUCCCCCCCGCCCCUCCGCCCCACGCGGCUGGGCCAUGGAUGCCAGAUGGUGGGCAGUAGUGGUACUCGCCACGCUCCCUUCCUUGGGAGCAGGUGGAGAGUCACCCGAAGCCCCUCCGCAGUCCUGGACACAGCUGUGGCUCUUCCGCUUUUUGGUGAAUGUGGCUGGCUAUGCCAGCUUUAUGGUGCCUGGCUACCUCCUGGUGCAGUACUUAAGACGGAAGAACUACCUGGAGACAGGCAGGGGUCUCUGCUUCCCCCUGGUGAAAGCCUGUGUAUUUGGCAAUGAGCCCAAGGCUCCUGAUGAGGUUCCCCUGGCUCCCCGGACAGAGACAGCAGAAUCCACCCCCUCUUGGCAGGUCCUAAAGCUGGUCUUCUGUGCCUCGGGGCUCCAGGUGUCCUAUCUGACUUGGGGUGUACUGCAGGAAAGAGUGAUGACCGGCAGCUAUGGGGCCACAGCCACAUCACCGGGCGAGCAUUUCACAGACUCACAGUUCCUGGUGCUAAUGAACCGUGUGCUGGCACUGGUCGUGGCAGGCCUCUACUGUGUCCUACGCAAGCAGCCCCGUCACGGUGCACCCAUGUACCGGUACUCCUUUGCCAGUCUGUCAAACGUGCUUAGCAGCUGGUGCCAAUAUGAAGCACUCAAGUUUGUCAGCUUCCCUACCCAGGUGCUGGCGAAGGCCUCCAAGGUGAUUCCUGUCAUGAUGAUGGGCAAGCUGGUGUCUCGGCGCAGCUAUGAACACUGGGAAUAUCUGACUGCUGGCCUCAUCUCCAUUGGAGUUAGCAUGUUUCUUCUGUCGAGUGGACCAGAGCCCCGGAGCUCUCCAGCCACCACACUCUCUGGCUUGGUCCUACUGGCAGGCUAUAUCGCUUUCGACAGCUUCACCUCAAACUGGCAGGAUGCUCUGUUUGCCUAUAAGAUGUCAUCGGUGCAGAUGAUGUUUGGGGUCAAUUUAUUCUCCUGUCUUUUCACAGUAGGGUCACUACUGGAACAGGGGGCCCUACUGGAGGGGGCACGCUUCAUGGGGCGACACAGUGAGUUUGCACUGCACGCCCUCCUCCUGUCUGUCUGCUCUGCCUUUGGUCAGCUGUUCAUCUUCUACACCAUCGGACAGUUUGGAGCUGCUGUCUUCACUAUCAUCAUGACUCUGCGCCAGGCUAUUGCCAUCCUCCUCUCUUGCCUCCUCUAUGGCCAUACUGUCACUGUGGUGGGGGGACUGGGUGUGGCUGUGGUCUUCACUGCCCUGCUACUCAGAGUCUAUGCCAGGGGCCGGAAGCAGCGCGGAAAGAAGGCUGUGCCCACUGAGCCUCCAGUGCAGAAGGUGUGAGGAGUAAGGACCCUCAUUACUCCCAUCUUCUGAGGCCCCGGCUCAGUACCUCAGCUUACAGCUGAGGACUGGAGCCCUGGGGAGCAGCCUCUUUCACCUUGCCUUAAGAGCCCCACUUCAUGGAAAUGAGCUGUGGGUGUUGGGUUAGAGGUGACCCAGAGCUCCUCCCCCACUCUCUGAAAUCUUAACUGGUGGCCAGGCCAGCCAGCACCAGGGCUUUGCUUACUCCCUCUAACACCCAUCCCUUGAGGCUGCCAGGCACCAGCUGGGAAGAGCAUUGUUUACAGGCCAUACAGUUCCCCUAGGGGCUGUUGAGGAUGGUGCUGUGUCAGAAAGGACAAAGGCCUCCCCAGACCAGUUGGGGUCCAGUGUUACUUGAGCAGGUUUUGGUACUUGGAAGUGUCACCCUUUGCUCUUAUUUGAUUAAACUGCAGCAGUGACUUUAUAGCUGUGUUUUGGUUGGCUGAAGGGGGCUCAAAGGGUGUUAGGAUUACCCCCCUUUUUUUUUUGGAUUUUGGAGAUAGGGUUUCUGUGUAGCCCUGGCUGUCCUGGAACUCACUCUGUAGACCAGGCUGGCCUUGAAAUCUGCCUGCCUCUGCCUCCCAAGUGCUGGGAUAAAGGUGUUAGGAUUAUUCUGAGUUCAAAGUAGACAAGUACCUCUCAUCACCACUUCAACACAACUCAGGGAGUCCUGAGUGUUACUUUACAAGGAGAGCAGGACUGUAUAAAACUGCAUCUUCUUUAUUUGCAUACUUUUAAUUUCAGAACAAAAUAAAACAAACAAAAAACCACAA